AUGGGAAACCAGCCAUCAAAGGACGGUACCAGUACGCCCAGGCCCACCAGCUCUGCCGGCGCGGGCGACCGCAGCCCGGACGGCCUGCAGUCAUACCCAUCAUUCAGCAAGUCAGACACUAAGGAUUCCACGAGGUCCUUCAAGACCCUCAGGUCAAAGAUCCCAGGCUCCUCCGCCAAAACCGAUAGCCCGCGUAACUCCGCGCUGUUAUCUAAUGGCGACGGCGGCGACAAGUCCGAUGCUGGGUCGGUCAAGUCGGGCCGUAGUGGGCGCUUCUCUCGCAGCAGGUCCUCCGAUCCUGCCGUGUCCCCGACCUCGCCCUCGUCCAUCGAUACCGGUGUGACCUCUCCUAUCGACGAGACCCAGCCUCCACCGUCCCCCAUACAGUCCGGAUCGGGCAUGUCAGGGAAGCACGAUGUCAGCGCUGCACAAGCAUCGGGCGAGGUUGACCACGUGUCUGACGCGCCACCGUCUGGGGUGCCGGACCCAAAUGGGGAGGCACAACAACCAGGCCAGUCGAUACUGGUCAGGCGUGACAACUCUGUCAACCCAAUCCAUGGAGGAACGUCGCCUGGCCAGGACCAGGCUGUCGCCAUGAGUGAGAUCAAGGAUAUCGACCUGGACGAUUUCAUCAAGCGAUUGCUGGACGCCGGCUAUGCUGGCAAAGUGACCAAGAGCGUCUGCCUGAAAAAUGCCGAGAUCGUGGCUAUUUGCCAGCGUGCUAGGGAAGUGCUUCUGACCCAGCCUGCCCUGCUGGAAUUAGAUGCCCCUGUGAAAAUCGUCGGCGACGUUCAUGGACAGUAUACGGACCUCAUCCGUAUGUUCGAGAUGUGCGGAUUCCCGCCGACUUCCAAUUUCCUCUUCCUAGGUGACUACGUCGACCGAGGUAAGCAGUCGCUUGAGACUAUUCUCCUGCUGCUGUGCUACAAGUUGAAGUUCCCCGAGAACUUCUUUCUCCUUCGCGGCAACCACGAGUGCGCCAACGUCACGCGCGUCUACGGGUUCUACGAUGAGUGCAAGCGCAGAUGUAACGUCAAGAUUUGGAAGACGUUCAUUGAUACCUUCAACACCCUUCCCAUUGCCGCUAUUGUCGCAGGGAAGAUCUUCUGUGUGCACGGCGGAUUGUCGCCUGCGCUCAGGGACAUGGAUGACAUCCGAAACAUCGCGCGACCAACCGACGUACCCGACUACGGGCUACUGAACGACCUGCUGUGGUCUGAUCCGGCUGACAUGGACGCGGACUGGGAAGCAAACGAACGAGGUGUCAGCUACUGUUUUGGAAAGAAAGUCAUCACGGAUUUCCUCACGACGCAUGACUUCGAUCUCGUUUGCCGUGCGCACAUGGUUGUCGAGGAUGGCUACGAAUUUUUCACGGACAGGGUACUAGUCACCGUGUUCAGUGCGCCAAAUUAUUGCGGUGAAUUCGAUAAUUGGGGCGCGGUCAUGUCAGUGUCUUCGGAACUGUUAUGUAGUUUCGAGCUCUUGAAGCCCCUCGACUCCAACGCGUUGAAGAGCCACAUCAAGAAGGGCCGGAACAAAAGACAGCAAAUGCUGAACAGUCCACCUGCGAAUGUAUAUCCCCAAAGUGUCUAG